AAAUUAGAUUUUAUUAAGUAUUUAUAUUGAUAAACUGUUAUAUAAAUGAGUACUCAGACAGAUAAAUGUCUAAGUCCAGCAAGAAAACAUAAUAUUGACUUAGAAAACUGGAUUAACCGGGUAAAGAAGCUUCAGGAAGAUUGUAAUAAGGAAGAUGAGGAACAUAAUAGGAGACUGGAGGAGGAAAUCUUAGCGGAAAGACAAGCUAGACAUAGGAGAAGAGCACAACGGGAACUUUCUUUAUCACCAGAUAGACCAGGAUCAGUUUUAAGUGUUAGUUCCCGGAGUCCAGUAUGUUAUAUGUCGCCUGUAUAUAAGGAAAGGGAAUGUAUUAAAGCAGGGAUGCCAAAUACUAUUUGUUAUAAGGGAUCAUUUGAGAGAAAUAUUAAUAAUGGAUCAAAUAAUGUAUCAGAUGUAUCAGAAGAAGCAUAUGUUUUAGAAGAUAUGAAUAUGAAAGCAAAUGGUUCAUUUUCAGUUUUAAGCAGAUCUAUAGAUAUUGAGGAUAAUCAGGAAUAUGAAUAUGAGGGAGUUUCAUUUCGUGGAAAAGAAUCAUUAUCUGUAUCUCAGUUGGGAUCAGAAGAUGGUUCAUAUGUUUCAUCUAUAUCGAGAGUUAAAGAAAUUGAUAAAAUGGAAACUGGAAUGCUGGAAAAUAAACAAAUGCCUUUAAAAAAUCUUUCUAAUACAAUUAUUUCCUCAGGAAACCAUGGAAAUUCUAAACCAAUGUCAUCUCAUUCUUUUAUAAAUAUUAGUUCGAGUCCUCAUUCUUCACCUUCUUUGAAAUCUUCGUAUUCUGAUACCUUAGUUUCAAACAAAUUAUUAGGAAGUGAUCUGCCAUCAUUGUCUUCUCAUAAUAAUUUAUCUAUUAUGGCCGAUAUUUCUAGAACUCCAACUAAAGGAAGUUUUGUACAGAGUGCUGUAAAGAAAAGUAAUGAAUAUCGAAAAUCAGCAUCCGAGCUUUCUAGAAAUAGUUCUAUUUUUUCUCGAAAAAGUGUAGAACUAAACUCAGAAUCAUUAAUUAAUAUGUCGGACGUUCAAAAAAUAAAGUUAAAUGAUGAAAUUAAUACAUUAGAGAAUGAUACGAUUUUUUCUACUAAGAAAAGCAAUAUUAUGUUGGAUCCUGAUCAUAAAUUAGGUUCAAAAGAAUCUUGUAAUACUUUUGAAAAUACUAAAACAAAUAUGAAAAAUACGUCUUUAUCAAAUGAUUCGAAUAUUUUAGAUCCAUUAGAAAAUAAUGAAUUUGAUCAUUCUUUAAAAUCUUCAUCUUUGGACUUUAAGAAAUUUAAUACUUCUCCGAGCUCACCUUGUAGUAUUGAAAAUACAUCUAGUAGGGUAAAAAACGAAUUUUCUAGCCAGUUUUCUACACCCAAAUCUGCAAUUAUUGAAAGAGUGUCAGAUUUCUCAGAUUUUUCUAAAGAAAAAUAUUCAUCUUCUGCUUCAUUUUCUGGUUCUUUAAAGAUGGAUCCAUUUAAGGCAGGAAUACUUGACGCUAAGAAUAAUUUACGCCCUUCUUUUAGAACAUCUUCUCCCAAGUGUGAUCCUUUUAAGGAUGGAAUUCUAAAUGCAAAAGAAUCUCUUAAAUCAUUUUCUGUAUCUCCUCGGGAAAAAUCUGAUAUUUUUAAAGAACACCUUUUGGCAGCAAGGUCUUCUUUAGGAAAAUCAGGAAGUCCUACUUGUAAAUCUUCUACUGAAGAUUCCUCACCUUUGAGAUUUAAAAAAUCAUAAUAUGAAUGAUUUAUCUUUAAAUUCUUCUUGUACAAAAAUUGUUUUUUCUCUUUAAGAAAUAUAGACUUUAAAGAGUUUACUUUUGAAAAAUCAUACUAUUCAU